AUGAAUGUGAAUGAAUGUCAGAAUUCACAGUGCGACCAGCGGUGUGUGAAUACAGAAGGAGGAUACAGCUGUGAAUGUGGAACUGGGUUUACACUCUCUCCGGACAAACAAAGAUGUAUAGAUGUUGAUGAGUGUCGACAGAGCCAGUGGCAGCCGUGCCAUCAUAACUGUGAGAACACCGCCGGUAGCUACAGGUGCUCUUGUAGGCAAGGGUUCAGACUGCAUAUGAAUGGAAGGUCAUGUAUCGAUAUCGAUGAGUGCAGGCAGAAUGGAGGACCUAGUGUUUGUCAUCACAUGUGCCUAAACACCCAUGGUAGUUACACCUGCCAGUGUAGACAAGGGUUUGAACUCCAAGAAGACAGCAUGACUUGUGGAGAUAUUGAUGAGUGUGCCAGUCUUCCCCAUGGGUGCACAGGAAAGUGUAUUAACACCAUUGGGUCGUAUCACUGUAACUGUGCAAAAGGCUACUCCAGUAUUGCAGGGAGAUGUGUCGAUUUGAACGAAUGCAGAACAGCUAAUGGUGGAUGUCAACAUCUAUGCAUGAACACAGAAGGAAGCUAUUUCUGUACCUGCAGAACGGGCUACUCUCUCAGAUCGGACUCUAGGACCUGCUCAAGUAUGAAUGCUUGCGAGAGAUAUGGCGCUGUUUGUGAGUUUGGUUGUGACGAGGUUGCAGGCUCAUAUAGAUGCAGAUGCCCCGAGGGAUUCCAGCUUCAUAGUAAUGGACAGAACUGUGUUGACAUCAACGAGUGCUCCCAGGAGAGGGGUUUGUGUCACUACCAGUGUAUCAAUACCAAGGGUUCCUACCGGUGUCUUUGCCCUCCUGGGUACGAGCUUGGUCUGGAUGGCAGGAUGUGUACUGAUGUGAAUGAAUGCCUUCAGGAUCACGGAUGCCAGUUCGGUUGCGAAAACACGGCUGGUAGCUUCCGAUGUACUUGUCCUCCUGGAUACGAAGGACUCGGAUACGCAGACUGUCAGGCCCCCAGUGAAUGUACAGAUGGAUUGUGUUCACACAAGUGUAUUAACAUAGCAGAUGGGUUCAGAUGUCAAUGCCCUUCAGGCUUGAGAUUACAUGACAAUGGAAGACAUUGUGAAGAUGUUGAUGAAUGUGCCACGCCCACUCAGGGAGGCUGCCAGCACAACUGUCGUAACACCCUUGGUAGCUAUGUAUGCUCCUGCGAGGAAGGUUACCUGCUUCAUGUGGACCAGAGGCAGUGCACCCCAGGACCAGACUGUACCACCUGCGAUAACUGCCCCAGGGGUGAGAGACUCAACCACGAGACUGGUCUUUGCCAAGAUCUGAAUGAGUGCAAUGUGGCCAACGCAGGAACCACCAUGCCCUGCCGAGACCCCCGCUGCCCUGAUGGACCAGAGCCCAAGUGCAGUCAUUCCUGCGUCAACAUCCCAGGGGGCUACUACUGCACCUGUCCCCCAGGUUACACCCUUAGCCCUGAUGGACACACCUGCUUUGAAGUACCCAGAUCCCCUAUGUGUAGCCCAGAUUGUGUGAACGGGGGCACCUGCCGCUAUGCUCCACAUUGCACCGGCAUGCCAGCUUGUCCCACAGCAUGUGCCUGUCUCUGGGGCUUCUUUGGCCCUGCUUGUGAAUAUGGUGAAAACCCAGAAGUCUGUCAACCACCCUGUCUCAAUGGAGGCUCAUGUGUGGAGGGAAGGUGUGUUUGUCAACCAGGUCUAACAGGAAGAACAUGUGCCACUGAUAUCAAUGAGUGUCUGCAACGAGACCUUUGCCAGUAUCAAUGUAGAAACACCUUCGGAAGCUACGCCUGUAUCUGCCCGGCCGGUUCUAAUCUCAAUGCUGAUGGUGUCACUUGCAGUAGUGUUGGCUGCUUCCCAGAGUGUAUGAACGGAGGUGUAUGUAACAAUAGCAGGUGUAUCUGUCCAAGAGGAUACACAGGAGCGACGUGUUUCCAAGAUGUGGAUGAGUGUUCUAAUCAGAAUGGAGGUUGCGAGCACAUCUGCAGGAAUAUACUAGGUAGCUAUGUCUGCUUCUGUCCUCUUGGAUCAACAGUCAACCCUGAUGGACAUACAUGCUCAGGCGGUCAAUGCUUCCCACCGUGUCAGAACAAUGGAACCUGUGUCAAUAGACGAUGUGUGUGUCCACCUGGAUUCCAAGGACCAACAUGCCAGUAUGAUGUGAAUGAAUGCAUCGUAACGGACAUGAGUCCUUGCAGUGUUCAAUGUGUCAACACCUUUGGCAGCUAUCAUUGCACAUGCCCAGUAGGAUACCAGCUAGGAGCUGAUGGAAGAUCAUGUACUCUACCUUGCGGAAGGGAAUGCGUGAAUGGCGGCACCUGUAAUAGAGGGGUGUGUGAAUGCGCCCCUGGAUUCACAGGGACGGAUUGCAGUCGGGAUAUUGAUGAGUGUGCAAGUGGAUUGAACCGCUGUCCUGGUGCCUGUCAGAACACCUACGGCAGCUACAGAUGUUCCUGUCCUCUAGGGUUCCAGAUCUCAACUGAUGGAACAGGAUGCAUUGAUUUUGAUGAAUGCCAGGCAGAAGGAUUACAGUGUGCACACCGAUGUACCAAUCUACCCGGAAGCUAUGCCUGUACCUGCCCCAUCGGACAACGCCUUGGACCCGAUAGAUUCUCUUGUAUUGAUGUCCCCUGCAUCCCACCAUGUGUGAACGGAGGCCAGUGCGUGAGAGGGGCGUGUCAGUGCCCCAUUGGUUUCAUAGGGGAAGACUGCAGCCAGGAGAGACCAUGUGAUGAUGUGUGCCGCAAUGGAGGAUUUUGUUACCAAGGGGCGUGUCAGUGUGGUGCAGGAUUCACCGGGGAGUUCUGUCAGACAAGAGUGUGUGAGCCAGCUUGUAUCAACGGAGGGGUGUGCAAUGCAGGGGUAUGCCAAUGCCCUUCAGGGUUCAGCGGGCUCUACUGCCAGGAAAGAGUGUGCGAUCCACCCUGCAUGCAUGAUGGCACCUGUGUUGGGGGUGUGUGCAUCUGUCAGCCAGGAUUUACAGGAAAAGUUUGCCAAGAUUUAGCUUGUCUCCUUCCAUGCGCUCAUGGGGGAACCUGUGUAGAUGGUUUAUGCCUUUGCUUUGCUGGCUUUACUGGGCCUUAUUGUGAAGAGCCAGAUUGCAUCCGACCCUGUCAGAAUGGAGGAACAUGUAACUUUGGAGCAUGUGUGUGUCCCACUGGAUAUGAGGGUAUAGCAUGUGAAUUAGAAACUUGCAACCCCCCUUGUCUGAAUGGAGGAACAUGUUUCCAAGGCAACUGUGUUUGUCCACUCCACUACUCUGGACUUCAGUGUGAAAGCAGAGAAUGCUGGCCCCUGUGUCAAAAUGGAGGAGUCUGCCUGGAUGGAUUAUGUGAAUGCCCCUAUGGAUAUCUUGGCCAGUAUUGCCAAAUUAGAUUGGCUGGAUGUGAACAGAGACCUUGUCAGAAUGGAGGAACAUGUGUGAAUGGAACCUGUAUAUGUCAUGCAUCUUACUCAGGCCCAUUCUGUAGCAUUGUUGCAAUCACUCCCUGCGAUCCACCAUGUUUCAAUGGAGGUGUUUGCCUCAAUGGCGUGUGUGAAUGUGAGGAUGGAUCGACUGGUCAGUUCUGUCAGCACUCGGCAAGCCUCGAAGCAUUCAAUAUCCACAUCUACCCCAACCCUAACAAUGAUCACAUGGUCGGGAAGACAGUGGGCUUCAUCUGUGAGACCAACUCAACUAGUAUGUCAGACAUCCCGCAAUGGUACGACCAGAAUGAUAUGCCUAUCAUAAGCAGAACAGAAGCUCCUGGCCACCGAAUCUACUAUGAACCGAUUGCUCAGAAUGCUUCCUACCUUAUCGUCAAAGAUCUCAGUGCUAAUGAUAGAGGGCGUUAUGUAUGUGCUGCUGGCCUGACAAUGCGUCUUGCUAUGACCCUAGUGGUCUAUGUCCCCCAGUGUCAAGAGCCUUGUCUCAAUGGUGGAACUUGCUUCAACAAUAUUUGCAUGUGUCGCAGUGGAUUUGAAGGACCACGCUGUGGAAUAGAGAUGGAUCGUUGUCCUGCCUGUGCCAAUGGUGGGUACUGCAUCAACUACAAAUGCAUCUGUCAAUAUGGCUUUGUGGGAACCAUGUGUCAAAUAUCAGUUGGGGAGGAGUAUUACGUGAGACUGACUAUUCCUUCGGACCAGUCCCCUACUGUUGGAGGGAUGGUGACGGUGAUCUGCGAGGUGGUUGGGUGGUCACCCACUGCUGGCCUUCCAGAAAUAACCUGGGUCCUCCCUAGCGGACAGACUAUCUUCAAUAGACAAGUUGUGAACAUAGGGUCCAUGGUCCAGCAAGGCCCGUCAGUGGAGGUACUGUCAGCCACAGCGUCCAGACUUACCCUGGUUAACUUUCAGCCACAACUCUCGGGCAACUACAACUGCAGCGUAGGCGGAGAGGUUGCUUCUAUCCUCCUGACUCUUGAAUGUUGGCCGGAGUGCUUGAAUGGUGGGACGUGCUUCAAUGGCAAAUGCUUGUGUUCGGCAAACUUUAGAGGAGAGCGUUGCGAGGUCCCAGUCGGUGGAUUGGUGGGUCAAUGUUUGAUACCAUGUGCUAGUGGUGGUACCUGUAUCUUUGGACAGUGCGUUUGCCCUGAUGGUUACCAUGGCGACUACUGUGAGAUGGGAGAGCCAGAGAUGAGCUGUGUCCAGGAUUGCUUGAACGGAGGAAGUUGCAUCAAUGGGCUCUGUGUCUGUCCGGAUGGAUACGUGGGCUUCGCCUGUGAAAUACCAAUCUGCUUCCCAUCCUGUCUGAAUGAGGGUGUCUGCUACCAAGGACGUUGCGUAUGUCAGCAAGGGUAUGAAGGCAUCAGAUGCGAAUUUGAAACAUGCUUCACACCCUGCAGCAAUGGAGGCACAUGUGUGAACAGGAUCUGUGAAUGUGCUCAAGGAUUCGGUGGACCCUCCUGCGAAGUAUCUUUAAUCAUCAUUCCUGGCCAGACUGUGAUCGAGAGGGACAACACUGUGUCUUUCACCUGCAUCUAUGAUGCUAACCCAUCCGCUUCACCAAUCUGGUAUGGCCCUGAUGGGACAGUGGUUCCUGCAAUAUCAUUAGUACGAGGUGAUCUAGGAUCUGGAUACUCUGUGUUCGUAGAGGAACUCUAUGGCCAAGGCGUAAGACUCACUAUCCCAAGCAUGGGUCCAGGUUUCCAAGGGAUAUAUACUUGCCAGUUUGGAGGCAUAAUCAACCAAGUCAACGUUAGUCUGGAAAUCACAAAUGGAGCGUCUACCAUUGCACCUCUGACGGGGGCAACUUUGCCCCUCUUGGUCAUCACGACAGCCCCGCCCACUGUCACCCCGCCACCUGCCACGCCCAGUUCGAACUCCUGCACGUUGAUCCAGUCAGAUAUAUGUAAUAUUCUACCUUAUCGGUACGCCUCGUUUCCCAACACAUUCGCCAGGGAUGCCGAGAUUGCUCACCUGAUCAUCUCGUCACUCACUCUGUAUUUUGAUGAAUGCUCUGCCAAUGCGACCUUUGCUCUCUGCUACUUGUUCUACCAACCCUGCGAUGUUGCUAACGUCAUGUGUGCCGACGUUUGCGAGAUUGCACAGAAUCACUGCCACCCAUUUGCGAGCCGGAUGUUGACGGUCUACGGCAUGACCGUGACGAGGAACAUGCUGGAACUCUGUGCCAGCCUACCUGAUACAGACUGUAUAAGACCAGACCCGAGGCCUCCUCCAGAGAGCACUGGCUGUCCUGGUGAAUGUUUGAAUGGUGGAGAGUGUCAGGAUGGCAGCUGCUUGUGCCCUCUUGACUUUACUGGAGAACUAUGUGAAACAGAAUUGACUACAGAGAAUGUGUUCCAGAUCGUCAUCACAUCAGACUACGAAGGCAUUGUCUACGAGGGUCUGAACAUAACCGUUUUGUGUGAAGUCCAAGGUUCAAAUCUUCUCAACUAUCCAGUCUGGACUGGUCCAAACGGGCAACAGGUCUUACCGCAGCAACCUGGAGUCUCUGAUCGGAUCUAUGUUGACCAGGUCUCAUCUAACACCAUGCGUCUUGUCAUCAAUAAUGUCCAGGCCACUGAUGAAGGAAGCUACUUCUGUAAUGUUGGUUUGCAAUCAGCUCCAUACACCCUCUACAUUACAGUACCAGACUGCCUGCUGGAUCCUUGUCUGAAUGGAGGCUCUUGUGAGGGUGGAGAAUGCCAAUGUCUUGUUGGAUUCAGGGGGCCACGAUGCGAAGAGCCAGUGGUAGUGGAAUAUACCAUCACCAUCAUACCAACACCUAGUGGUGAGAUACCCAUCGGUAGUGAUCUGAGUUUCCUCUGUCAGGUUCAGGGUGCCGACGUCACACCGGUAUGGCUUCACCCUGAAGGGUUUGCCAUCCAACGAAGGUCACCCAAUUCCACUUUUUUCACUGAGGCAAUCAGUGAUAACACGGUCCGCCUGGUCCUGACUAAUAUCAGACCGGUAGAUUCUGGGUCGUAUCUCUGUCUCCUUGGUACCAGCUUCAAAGAAAUCAACAUCACUGUUCAAUCUGGACCGAGGUUCAACGUGAUUAUUACAUCAAAUUUCACCGUGCCACCCACCCCAGGAGCAGACCUUAUCUUCAUCUGCGAAAUGUCUCAACCUGACACUUCUACAUCCCCUAUCUGGUAUCAUCCCGAUGGUAGCCCUAUUAUUUCACGAACAAUUGGAACGGGUGAGGAAGCAGAUUUAUUUGCGUGUGGUUCUGGUGUUGGUGUUGAUGUUGAUGCUGACACUUCUACAUCCCCUAUCUGGUAUCAUCCCGAUGGUAGCCCUAUUAUUUCACGAACAAUUGGAACGGGAGUAAGUCGUGUAUACUCUGAGAGCAUCUCCUUGUCUGCUACCAGACUGAUCAUUCUUGGUGCCACUGAGUCGGAUCAAGGAAUAUAUACCUGUAGAGCAAGGCCUCUUUCUGCUACCCUCAAUAUCACAUUGAUUGAUGAAGGCUGUUAUCCAGCUUGCUUGAAUGGAGGAACAUGUAUUGGAGGUGAAUGCCUGUGCCAGUAUGGCUAUGAUGGGGAGAUCUGCGAGAUAAGAGUUGGUCAAGAGGUCUGUUACCUUCCUUUCUGUCUCAACGGAGGGACGUGUGACAGGAGCAUCUGCUACUGUUUCCCAGGGUUUACAGGACAACACUGUGAAAGCAGAAUUGCCACAGAGUACAACAUAACCAUCACCACAGACUUUGAUCGGAGGCCGCUGAUUGGUGAUGAGCUCAUGAUUAUGUGUGAAGUCCUGUCAGAUAGAUUGUCUUAUCCUCAGCCAGCUUGGAUUGGACCUGAUGGAAACAUCGUUCCUUCUCUUGCAGCAGGUGCUUCAAGCCACGUCUUCACUGAGUUUGUAGGACCAGGUUCCACAGCCCUUCAUAUCAGAGGAAUCCAGGCGUCGGAUGAAGGCCUGUAUACAUGUGAGGUUGACAUGAGUACACAGACUAUCACCAUUACAAUAGAAUAUAAUGAAUGUGUACCAUCCUGUCUUAAUGGAGGCACUUGUGUGGAGGGCGUGUGUAUCUGUACUGAGCAGUACCUUGGAAUUAUCUGCCAGGAAGAAGUCCCUCAGCCCUGCAACCUCCCCUGUCAGAAUAAUGGACAUUGCUACGAUGGGCGUUGCCAUUGUGCGACAUUCUUCACAGGAGAAUACUGCCAAACAAGAGUUGGGAAUAACUUUGAGAUUACCAUCAAUACGGUGACCUUUGAACCUCCGAGUGUUGGUGACAAUGUGAGGCUCGCAUGUACUUACAUUGGUGAGGCAGGAAACCAGCAACCGACUUGGAUAAACCCUGGCGGAGAACUAAUCAGGAGGCUUGACCAGGGUGGCAGCAGACACUUGAGUGUUGAGGAGGAAUCAGCGAUGACAACAACAUUGGUCAUAAACAACAUUAUAGAGACAGACUCUGGCAUCUACACGUGUACAGUUGGAGAAUAUGACAAUGAGUUUGACAUCACUAUAAGGGAAGCUGAGUGUGUCCCAAGAUGUGAGAAUAACGGUCUAUGCAGUAUGGGCAUGUGUAUGUGCACUGAAGGAUUUGGAGGAUUGGCUUGCGAGUUCCAGAUUACCGAAUGCGAUUUCCCUUGUGCCAAUGGAGGAACCUGUAGCAAUGGCCAGUGCAUCUGUCAACCAGAAUUUGAUGGCUCAUUCUGCCAAAACAGGAGGUACGUUGAUGAAGGUAUCCAGAUCAGCAUCACUCCACAUGUUCCCAGGCUUCCUCCCGUUGGUACAGAUCUCCAGCUCAUCUGUGAGAUAGACAACCCUCAAGGUUUCCAGAGACCAGUCUGGCUCAAACCUAAUGGAGAACGUGUUAUACAGGGUGAUGCUUCUCACAUCAACUCUAGGGCGAUAUCACCGAGUGCAACACAACUCAACAUCCGAAUGGUGGAGAGGGGAGACUCUGGCAUCUAUACCUGUGUUAUUGGAUCAUACACAAACACACUCACUGUAAUCUUUUACAAAAUGCCCUGUAUACCAGAGUGUCAAAAUGGAGGGUCAUGUUCAGAUGGCAUUUGUCUGUGUGCUCCGGGAUACACUGGCUAUCAGUGUGAACACAGAGAGUGCAUGCCUGCCUGUAUUAACGGAGGAUCGUGUGUGAACGGAGAUUGUGAGUGCAGCCCAGACUAUGAGGGCCAAUUCUGUGAGAAUGUCAGGAAACCUGUGACCAUCCGUUUUACACCAAGCAUCAGUGACAUGCCUGUAAUUGGUGAUGAUCUGACGGUGGUUUGUGAGAUUAUUGGUAUGACCGACCUGACUGAACCUCGCUGGAUUGGUCCUUUGGGAAACCCUCUUCCUGUAUUUGGAACAGCUCCUAACCAGCGUGUCGGAGUGCAGUACUCAUCUGGAACGGCAACCACACUUGUACUGAACAAUCUCCAGUCCAGAGAUUCAGGCAUCUACACAUGUACUCUAGGACCUCUGAUUAGCUAUUUCACCAUCACCGUAGCUGCACAAGUGGAUUGUUCUGUGAUCUGUCACAAUGGAGGAAGUUGUGUAUCUAACCAAUGUGUCUGCCCAGAAAACUUCAAUGGACCACAUUGUGAACGAAGGGUCGGGCCAGAUUAUGUCAUCACGGUGUCCCCACCAAUAGACCAGCAACCCAUCGUUGGUAACGAUAUCAGCUAUGUAUGCCAGAUCGCCACCACCAGCAACUAUCCCCGCCCUGCCUGGACGUCCCCAGGAGGUGUGGCUGUCUUACCCAUUGGACAAGGUGGAUCUGAUCACUUGAAUGUCCAGUAUCUGUCUGAUCAUGAGUCACGUCUGGUCAUUCAAGACCUCACACCUAAUGAUAAUGGAAUAUAUACCUGCUACAUCGGAACGCUCACCAACUCGGUUGUCAUCUCGGUUGAAAUCCCAGAUUGUCCUGGCCCAUGUCAGAAUGGUGGAACUUGCUCAGGGGGGACUUGUAUUUGUCCUAAUGGAUUCACGGGAGUACUGUGUGAUAGGCCAGCAUACACCAUUCAAAUCCGACCUGUCGGUCAGGCCAACACUAGAAUUGGUGGAAACAUCAGGAUGUCAUGUGAGAUAGAGGGCGCUAGACCGACCUACCUUCAACCUAGAUGGACUGGACCUGAUAACCAGCCAAUCAGCACAGACGCCAACUUGCGAGUGUUCAGUAUUGCGACCUCUACUUUGGCCAAUCAGCUUGUGAUCUCUAACCUACAGCCGGCCGACCAGGGCACUUUCACAUGUACAGUUGGACCAGUCAUUGCCACAUUCUCAAUUGUUGUUGAAGAACCCCGAUGUCCAUUACCUUGUCAGAAUGGAGGCUCUUGCGUCAGAGGAUCUUGCACCUGUCCAAAUGGGUACAGUGGUAUUGCUUGUGAAACCAGGGAUCCUCAAGAUGUCCGAAUCAAGAUCACACCAAACCGCCAGGGUGUCUCUCAGAUCGGACAGGACCUUGAGAUCCUCUGCGAGAUCCUGGGCACCAGCAUCUACCAGAAUCCGAUGUGGAAGGGUCCCUCUGGACAGCUAGUCCCAGGAGCCACAGCGGAACGGAACAACCUCAGGGUCCAGGAAGUCUAUGAGACACCAUCUGCCACCAGGUUGUACAUUAACGGGCUUAGCUCUGCCGAUAAAGGACAGUAUAUCUGCAUGGUGGGACCUGUCAUGGCCAGGUUUACACUCAUGGUGACAGCUCCAAGAUGUAACCCACCCUGCAUUAAUGGAGGAUCCUGUAGCAAUGGACGGUGUAUCUGUCCUCCUGGUUAUAUUGGAGAAUUCUGCCAAAGUCCAGGUGGUUUCUCUCUCAGCAUUCGUCAGGUCGGUAGCACCCCACCAAUACAGGGAGCCAAUCUACGAUUCUCCUGCCAGUCUUCUGCUCCAGGUCUCCUUCAGAACCCUGUAUGGAGGGAUCCUCGAGGGCAGAGAAUCACUCACCAACAAGGAGGUUCAGAUCGUGUUUAUGUUGAGAUGAUUUCGCCGUCUGCCACGACAUUGGUUAUCAACGACAUCUCUGCUGCUGAUGCUGGCAGCUAUGCUUGUGUCCUUGGAACAGUUACAUCAACACUUAAUAUCCAUAUCAAUGCCCGAGUGAUCCCAUGUAACCCUGCCUGUCAGAAUGGAGGAACCUGUAGUGAUGGAAGAUGUGUCUGCCACAGAGGAUUCUCUGGACAGGCCUGUGAGAGAAUAGGUCAAGAAUGUAUAUUACCUUGUCAGAAUGGAGGGACCUGUAGGAAUGGUAUCUGUCAAUGUCCAUCAGGGUUUUCUGGAAUUGACUGCAGAAAUGCUGAUAUCAGGAUCAUCCCACCACCAACCAACACCCUGGUCGUCGGACAAAAUACAACCUUCAUUUGUGAGAUAUCAGACCAACUGGGUUACUUCAAUCCUACCUGGUUAGGACCUGGAGGUCGAGCUAUCAAUGUUAUGGCUGACAAUGGAAGGUACGUCGUUGAGAGGGUGUCUGACUACGUAUCUCGUCUUCAUGUAGUAAGGGUUCAGCAAAUUGAUGAGGGGGUCUAUGUCUGCACUGUUGGUAUGCUUCGUGCAUCCUUCACUGUAACCAUUGAAGCUCCUGAAUGUCCCUUGCCAUGUUUGAAUGGAGGCACUUGUGUAGGAGGAGGUUGCCAGUGCCAUGCAGGCUUUACUGGAAGGCAGUGCCAGAAUAGAGGACCACCAUUCCAGGUACGGAUCCACCCUCCAGAUACCAGCCAGUUCCUAGUGGGUCAAGACAUCACCUUCCUCUGUGAGGCGCCCCAGGGUAGCCCCUACGGAAGGCCGCAAUGGAGAGGACCUGAUGGCGUGCCUAUAAUGGCUAUCACUCAAGGAGCACCCAGACAUCUUAGCUCCCAGGAAGUUGGGUCUUACCUGACCCGUCUUGUGAUCAGAAGCCUUCGUCUGGACGAUGCAGGAACAUACACCUGUUAUGUUGGACCUCAUUCUUCAACCUUCACUAUCACAUUGGAGAGUACAGGUGGGCGACCCUGUGCUAUCCCUUGCCUGAAUGGAGGAACAUGUAUGGAUGGUAACUGUGUUUGUCCUCAGGAGUUUACUGGACCUGCUUGUGAAAGACAAGUGACGCCAUAUGCAAUCCGCAUCAUCCCACCCACGGACACGUCACCCUCCGUUGGCCAAACGAUCCGCUUCCUGUGUGAGCUUCGACAGGAUGGCCAGUACACCAGCCCAAUCUGGAGACUACCUAAUGGGCUUCCAGUCAGCCCAAGGGGAUAUAUUGGCAGUCAGCGUAUGUACACCCAGAGCACCUCUCCCCAUGCAACAACUCUCGUCAUUGAAGACAUCCAAGGCACUGAUUCAGGGACGUACUCCUGCACAGCUGGUCCUCUCACAACAUCCUUCACCAUCAGCAUCGCUGUUGAACCCACAUGCCCCAGACCUUGUCAAAAUGGAGGGACAUGUGUGAACGGAGCCUGUGUGUGCUUCCCUGACUAUACUGGCGAUCAGUGCCAACUGAGAACUGGAACUCCACCUGGGCGAUACCUCAUCACCAUCACCCCGUCCAUACGGCAGAUCCCUCGGAUAGGUUCAAACUUCAACCUUGCCUGUCAGGUAUCCAGUAACAGUCCCUAUCUGGAUCCGCAGUGGAGAGGAGCCAACGGACAGCUCAUUCCAUCAGCUUCAUUGGGUGCAGUUGGGCGCUUAUAUACCGUCAAGACAAGUCAGAGAUCGGCCAUCCUCUAUUUCAAUGACCUGAUGAGCUCUGAUGCGGGAAGCUACUCUUGUAGUACAGGACCACUAACGGCAACAGCUAAUAUUACAAUUAGUGGCUCAGGAGGCACAGCUUUAGAGGAACGUUGCUUCCCCCCCUGUGUGAAUGGAGCAACCUGCUCUCAACGCAGAUGUGUGUGUUUGCCAGGUUAUAGUGGUCAAGCCUGUGAGAAUAUAGAAACCAUCCAUGUCUUGCCUGACAUACCAACACCCGACACUGAGCCCAGGAUAGGUGAUCCUCUCAGACUCCUUUGUCAGGCUCCUAUUGGAAGUACGUACGGAAACCCUAUCUGGUUGGAUUCAAACCGCCAGGCCGUACCAGGAAGAGUCUUGGGUAAUGAGAGAGUAUAUGUGGACUACCCUACACCAGGAGCUACCCGACUGAACUUUGAAGCAUUGAGCCUCCAGGAUGCAGGAAGCUACACCUGUCAAACAGGGCCUCUCACGACCAUCUAUGAGAUUGACAUUCAAGGUAAUGAAUGUGUGGAACCUUGUCUGAACGGAGGAACCUGUACAUCUGGAAGGUGCCUCUGUCCCAAUGGCUACAGAGGGCCACAGUGCAGAAUUCAUGAUGCCAAUGCCUAUGUGAUCCGAGUCAUACCUGUGGACCAUACCAUUCCUGUAGUGGGGGAGCAACUGAGGGUCAUUUGUGAGGUGUCUGCUGAUAGCCCGUAUGGUGCUCCUAAAUGGAUUGAUCCCCAGGGCGAUGAAGUCAUGAGUUUUGCUCCAGGUCCUUUGGGCAACGUGUAUACUGAAACACCUACUUCGCUGUCAAGAGAACUGGUAUUCACCAGUCUGACGGAGUCUGAUGGAGGCAUGUAUUCGUGUGUAGCUGGUCCAUUGAUGUUCAACCAUACAGUCAUUGUACAUGGACCAAAUAUGAUUGACAUCGAAGAACCUGAGAGUCCAGUCUACAACAUCGGUACCAAUGUCUCCUUCGUCUGUCAGAUCGCUGAGAACAGUCAGUACAGGAAUCCUACCUGGAUAAACCCAAGAGGGGAUACAGUACAGCCGUUGGAUGAAGGAGGCAUUGCCCAUCUUCACACCGUACAGACCUCAGCGGCUUCAUCAACACUAAACCUUGUGGGCGUGUCCCCUCUGGAUGCAGGAACGUACAAAUGUGUCGUUGGAGACUUCCAAUCGUCAGUCAACGUCAUUGUCAACAUUGAGGAAUGUGAACCCCCUUGUCUGAAUGGAGGAGAAUGCAUCAAUCAAGAAUGUGUUUGUCAGUUUCCUUUCACUGGACCAAUGUGUGGACAGCUGGCAUCGAUGAGGAGAUGCCUGAGACCAUGUUUGAAUGGAGCAGAGUGUGUGGAUGGUGUGUGUAACUGUCAAUAUGGAUUCACUGGUCCACAGUGUAACCAGACAGAUGAAGGCAUUGUUCGGGUGAGGAUCCCGGAUCAGGAUAAUCCAAUCCUCGGUGCCGAUGUGAGCUACAUCUGUGAGGUACCUCAGGAUAAUCCCUAUGGAUCACCAAUCUGGAUUAACCCAGAGGGACAGCAAAUCCAACCCAUGGGAUUAGGUGGUAAUGUUCACAUGAAGACUGAGCAGAUAUCCCAGUACGCAACACGUCUCUUCAUUAUGGACAUCCAGUUUGAGGACGAAGGACAGUACAUCUGUGCCGUAGGGCCUCUUAGAAGACUCUUCAACAUCAUCGUAGAUGAGGUUGCAUGUAUCCCUCAGUGUCUCAACGGAGGAACCUGCCUCAUGGGCAAGUGUUACUGUCGAGAUGGCUUCACUGGACCAGCUUGUCUACAGAGAAUUCUCAUCUGUGACCCACCCUGUUUGAAUGGUGGGAUGUGCCUUGCUGGAGCCUGUAACUGCCCUGACGGAUAUGGAGGAGAAGCCUGUGAAAUGCCAGGUGUGGAUCUCACGAUCGAUGGCCCAGAGAAUGUCAUCAUCAUGGCGGGGGAUGAUCUCCGUCUUGUGUGUGAGGUCAAUGACGAUACCUACGGUAGUCCUAUGUGGCUGGAUUCUCAGGGAGACAAGGUGUCCGAAGGUACUCUUGAUGAAGCCAUUGGCACCUACCAUCACACUCACCUAAAGACAGAACUUGUCAUGUUCAAUGCUCAGGCCUUUAACUCAGGAGAUUAUUCCUGCAUGGUUGGACCUUUCACAGAAACUAGAACUGUGCUGGUUGCAGGAGAAGAACCUGACUGUAUCCCAGUGUGUAGAAAUGGUGGGGACUGUGUGAAUGGGGUCUGUCAGUGUACAUCAGACUGGCUUGGUACCGAAUGUAAAGUACCUGCUAAUGGUUACAUAUCAAUCACCCCUGACCCUGAGCUUCAACCGACACCAGGAUCAGAGAUCAGAUACUUGUGUGCGGUCCAGGAAGGAGAUCAUUUUGUACAGCGCCCUCAAUGGUUCCGCAAUGGACAACUCAUCCCUGCUCAAUUUGGUGAUGUGAGCAAUGUCUUUGUGAAUGUUUUGAACAACAUGAGUUCUGAGCUAGUGAUAAGAAAUCUUGGAGAGACUGACCUUGGUGUUUACUACUGCACCGGAGGACCUGAUGUUAAAUAUACCAAUGUCAACUAUGCUGAGAUAGAAUGCAAUCCACCCUGUGAGAAUGGAGGAACCUGUAACGAUGGAGAAUGCCAAUGCCCCGAAGGUUUCAACGGACCUACGUGCUCAAGACAAGCUGAAGACUUCAUUGUGAUCACCGAACCUCAAGGUCAAAUGUUAGAGGUUGGAGGCAAUGCAACCUUCCUUUGUGAGGUUCCCGAAAGCAGUUCUUAUGACCCGCCCCAAUGGGUCGAUUCAAGUGGUCAACCUGUUUCUCCAUAUGGACAAGGAAGCAAUAAUAGAGUCUAUACAAAAGAGAUCUCCUCCUACGCUACCCAGCUCACUUUUGAGUUCGCUCAGGCCGAGGACUCCAGCCAGUAUGCUUGCAGGGUGGGGCCAUUCACAUACGGUUACAACAUCACCUUUGAAGAUCCUGAUUGCAACCCUGAAUGUCUCAAUGGAGAGUGUAUUGAUAGGAGAUGUGUGUGCCCUAUAGGGUUAGUGGGUAUGCAGUGUAAUAUCCCAGACAAUACUUUCAUCUUGGUGAGCGAGCCGCCCGGUCAGGUACCUGUCGUCGGUCAGGAUCAGUCGUAUCUUUGUGAGGUAUCCCGAGAGAAUCCAUAUGGUGUACCGGUCUGGAGAGACAGGGAGGGUAAUGUCAUCAAUCCUGCUGGACAAGGUGAAACAGCACACAUGUAUACGGAGAACCUGUCACCCUAUGCAACUCGUCUGCUCAUCAGUGAUCUGCGUCUGCAUGAUGCUGGAAUGUAUGUCUGCAACGUAGGACCUGUAGACAAACGAUUCACAAUUCUUGUUGAUCCCUUGUCUUGUGAUCAACCUUGCCUGUAUGAAGGACGCUGUGUGGAGGGAGUUUGUGAAUGUUUACCAGGCUUCUCAGGAGAGCAGUGUGAAACACCAAAUUUUGUGAUAUCGAUCGAUCAGACUCAACCAGCGUUGCCCCAGACAGGUGACAGCGUAAGCUUCGUAUGUGAAGUUGAUCAGACAGCACCCUACCAGAAUCCAGUCUGGUAUGACCCACAGGGAAACAUCAUAGACCCAAGUGGUGAUUCUCAUUACACCAUCAUUGCUCUGGAUCGUAAGGCAACCCGUCUUGUCAUCAAUGAACUGCAGGCUUCGGACGCUGGGCCAUAUGUCUGCAAUGUUGGGCCAGUUACUACUGAAUUCUCUGUUCAGGUUCAACCUGCACAUUGCAGCCAGCCCUGUAUCAAUGGAGGCUCUUGUGUGCGAGGUAUGUGCGAAUGUACAGAGGAGUUCCAUGGAAGCUUCUGUCAAGUUGGAGUUAAGAGGCCUUUCUCCAUUGAAAUCCAAGGACCACCUAGAGAGAAACCAGAGAUUGGUGAUGAUUUAACAUUGAUAUGUCGAGUGUCUGAGGAAGGACAGGGCAUACCAACAUGGCUGGGACCUGAUAACCAACCUAUUGCUGGAAUACAGACUGGCCAAAGAAUCUUCUCUGAUGUGGAGUCUAAUACCGAGACAGCCUUGACCAUCGUAUCAGCGGAGUCCGGGGACGCUGGCCGUUACAGCUGUGUGGUCGGAAUGAACAGGGCUGACUAUUUGCUUUCUGUGUCAGGACCUGAGUGUAUUGUCCCUUGCUCUAAUGGAGGAACAUGCGUGGAGGGGAGAUGCAACUGUUUGGACGGUUUCGAUGGUGUUUUCUGCCAGAAUAUCGUUACAAAUGACUACCAGCUUCGAAUCCGCAUCCAGCGUAAUAACCAGUUCCUAGUUGGGAUCAACACCAAGAUCCUGUGUGAAAUUCGGGGCAACACCAAUGAGGUCAAUCCACAGUGGAUUGGUCCUGAUGGAGAGGUCAUAAGGUCGGUCGGAAGAGGAGGUAGUAAGCACAUCAAUACUCGCAGCACCAGGAAGUCUAACCGUCUUAGCAUCAAUGAGCUGCUUGUAGAAGAUGCAGGAGAAUACACCUGCAGAGUGGGUCCCCUGGAAUCUUCCUUUGUCCUCAUCCCCAGGAGUGGAGAGUGUGAAGACAUCUGUACCAAUGGUGGAACGUGUGACAAUGGAGCCUGUCUGUGCCCUAUUGGAUUCGCAGGAAUGUCUUGUGAAAUACCAGUUGGACCAGAAGGAAUUAAGGUGAACAUCACUAUCACCUCCUCGUUGGAUCGCGAUCCAAACAUCGGUGAAGAGAUCAACUUCCUGUGUCAGGUCAGCCCCAACCCGCUCUACACCAACCCAAGAUGGCAUGGACCAAAUGAUGAAGUGUUCCCAGUUGUCAACACCUUGGAUCCUUCACGGCCUCCCAUUCAUGCUGUGCAGCUGACGCCCUUGAUGACCCAGCUAACUGUUAGUAGUGUCUCUGAAGAGAUGGUCGGAAUGUAUGCUUGUACGGCUGGACCAUUGACGAGCCUCUAUCCUCUCAACAUACCACCAUCAACCUGCGAGCAGCCAUGUCAGAACAGAGGUGACUGCAUAAGGAGUCAGUGUGUGUGCAAGCAAGGUUUUGAAGGAGAGUUCUGUGAAAUAGAAGUCGAAGUGUUCUACAACAUCACAAUAACACCCGACCAGGUACUAACGCCCUCUGUUGGUGACAGUGUCAGUUUCUUGUGCGAAAGCGAAGGUCCAGAUGCACCACUCCCUGUCUGGUAUGAUCCCAGUGGUAACCGCAUUGCGCCCAGUAGGGCAGACAAUGAGUUUGCAUACUCCAUCAGCUCAUCAGACGAAGCGUUUACGGAAACGAUAGAGUCAUCAGAUGUGGACUUAGGUAAUCAAUUGGUACAGGUCAUUUCACGUACCCAAACUCGGCUGGUGCUCAAUGACUUGGUGGAGUCUGAUUCUGGUAUCUACACGUGUGCUGCGGAACCUAAGAGAGACACGGUGGUUGUCAACAUCUUUAUUCCUCGCUGCCUUCCCGAGUGUGAGAAUGGAGGCAGUUGCGAGAAUGGAAUCUGUGAAUGUACAGAGUCUUUCACUGGACCUCGCUGCCAAUACUCAUAUGAGACAGAUUUCAGCGUGGAAUUCAACCCCAUCCAAGACAGUCCACCGUCUGCAGGUCAGAGCUACAGCGUUGCGUGUGAGUUGAACGGACCCGUGGAGAUUGGAAGACCAAUGUGGAUAGGACCUCUGGGUCAGGAAAUAGCUCCAGUGGGACAUGGUGGUGCAGACCAUGUACAUGUGGAGUUCCAAGGAAUGAACGUCACCACUCUUCACUUAGACAGCAUCUCAAGUGAACAAGCUGGACUUUACAUCUGUACCAUUGGACCUGUUGCUGGAGUGUACAACCUCACCUUAGCUUUACACUGCUCACCCCCAUGUAUGAAUGGAGGUGUCUGCCAGGGGGGUCGUUGUGAAUGCCCCGAGUCUCAUACAGGGGAGACGUGCAGUCAGCAAGUACCAGGAUGUCACAGCAUGCAGGCCUGCUACAAUGGAGGAACCUGCCUUGAGCACAGGUGCUUCUGUAAGCCUGAUUUCACUGGAGAACUUUGUCAAUUCACUGUGAGCAUCGAUGCCAACCUUCGAAUCGAGCUUGAUCCAGAUAAUGACUACACUGAGGGUGGGAAUGUGAGCUUCUUAUGCAUCACCAACGGACCGGAUGCUCCUCUCAAUCCAAGAUGGCGGAAAGGAGACUACCAGUAUAUCCAGUCGCCAGUUUUUGGAGAAGGAAACCACAUCUUCACUUCCAGGAAGUCAGCCUUCAUCACCCAACUGAAGAUCAUGAAUGUCAGUGUACAGGACAGUGCUAGGUAUACCUGUAAUGCUGGACCACUCCAACAGUCUAUCUCACUCACCAUCUACAACAACACCUAUCCAUGUAUCCCACGUUGUGUCAAUGGAGGGCGCUGCAUAGAAGGUAUCUGUCUUUGUCUGGAAGGAUACACCGGUGAAGCCUGUGACGAGCUGGUUCCUGAAUGUCAACCAAUGUGUGAGAAUGGCGGUGAAUGUAUAGAAGGAGAAUGUAGGUGCCCAAGGGGGUUCAAUGGAUCAGCUUGCCAGUAUCAGGUUGUGGAGCCCAUCUCCAUAGCGAUCCACCCAGAGGAAGGUCAAGUCUUCUAUACCGGAGAGAACAUUGCCUUCCUGUGCCUCACUCAAGGAACGUUUGCCCCAGAGAACCCCCACUGGAAAGAUCCCAGGGGUAGGGCUGUUGGCAUCAGACAGACCAGUGUGGAUCGUAUAUUCACCUUCGCUGUAAACUCCACCGCUACCCGGCUUUACAUCAGACCUCUGGCAGAGGGAGAUGCUGGUUACUUCACCUGUGCUACUGGCCCUCUGAACAGCACCGUGUUUAUCAGUAUUGAAGAACGACCUUGCCCUCUGAACUGUGCUAAUGGAGGAACCUGUAUGGAUGGCGUCUGCUCCUGUCCUGAAGGCUACCAAGGUUCAUUCUGCCAGAUUGGAAUUGGUUUCCAGUCCUCUAUUGUCAUCAUCCCAAGUAUUGAGAAGAGUCCUAUGGUCGGUGAGGACAUAGAGUUCUUGUGCAGGACCAGUGGAGCCAAUGCCCCAAGGUAUCCAUUCUGGAGGAACCCCACUGGCAAGGUCAUCUCGUCGAAUCCUUCAAUUCGCGACCACCGAGUUUACACCCAACGUCUGUCAGACUACGAGACCAAGUUGAUCAUCCAUAACUUUACCAACAAUGACAUGGGUAUCUACCGUUGCAACGGAGGCCCUCUGACAACCACCUUCACGAUAGUCUUGGCAGAGCGAUCAUGCGAUCCACCCUGUAGCAAUGGAGGAACAUGUAACAAUGGAGUCUGUGACUGUGCGGAUGGAUUCAUUGGUGGACACUGUGAACUCAGAGGAUGUUUCCCAGUAUGUAUCAAUGGAGGUAUCUGUCGGGAGGGGUCCUGUCAUUGCCAAGCAGGUUACGUGGGAGGCCACUGCCAAGUCCUUCUACCGGUCAGCAUCAACAUUGUCCCAAGCCAGGAUUCGGAUCCACGCCUAGGAGGAACCAUCAGUUACCUUUGCUCGGUCAAUGAUACCAACCUGGUAGAACCACCUGUCUGGAGGAACCUUCAGGGAGAGGACAUCGCAUAUGACAGAGCCCGUAUCCGUGUAGAGAGUCCAUCCCUUGGCGAGACACGUCUCAUAAUAAGCAACCUUCAGGAAACAGACACGGGCACCUACACUUGUUUAGCUGGCCCUAUAGAGGGCAGUGUCUAUGUUGCUGUCCAACCGCUCUCCGAGUGUCUUCCGGAGUGCAUCAAUGGUGGCCAGUGUGCUGGAGGAGUCUGUAUCUGUCAGCAGGGAUACGAUGGAGCAUUCUGUGAAAUAGAAGAUACGUGCCAGCCUGGCUGCCUGAACGGAGGGACCUGCGACAGGGGACUGUGCAUAUGCCCUGCCGGUAUCGGUGGUGUGUUCUGUCAACUGAGACUGGAACGUCAGUGUCGUGUACCAUGCCAGAACAAUGCCCGUUGUAUGAAUGGAAUCUGCUUGUGUCAGCCAGGAUUUGAGGGAUUAGCCUGCCAGUUUAGAAAGCGUGAUUGCCCAGAGCUUUGUCAGCACGGAGGAACCUGCAUCAAUGGAACGUGUUACUGCUUGGCUGGAUACCUUGGUGAAUUCUGCGAGAUCAGACCUGUUGAAUGUAUCCCUAGCUGUAUCAAUGGAGGAUUCUGUAACAGCGGAGUGUGCAUCUGCCCUGAUGGCUAUACAGGACCUUCUUGCGAAGUAUCAGUUGGAUCCCAGCCCCAGAUCGUGGUUACCCCGUUCCAAGCUCAAGUCCUGGCCCUAGGAGAGGACACCAACAUACAGUGUAAUGUAAGGAGCAGAGAUGUGGAUGAAUCACCUUCAUGGUACACUCCCAAUGGGACUCUCAUUAAUACCCUGGCAAAUGGUGGUACAGGUCACAAGCAUGUCAGUGUGAUCGAUGAUCAGAACAUCGAGCUGGUCAUCAAUGACUUCCAGAUACAUGAUGUUGGAAACUAUUCUUGCACGGCUGGACCACUCUCCAGAACUAUCACCUUGAUGAUACUCCCUAUAACCUGUUCACACCCCUGCCUGAAUGGUGGUCACUGCCAGAAUGGAGUGUGUGUCUGUGCUGAAGAUUACUAUGGUGAAUUCUGUGAAUUAUCAAAUUUCACUGAUACAUACAUACCUUGUGAACCUCAAUGUGAGAAUGGAGCGACAUGUGUGCAAGGGUUGUGCCUCUGCCCUCUUGGAUACAGAGGAGAUACAUGUUCUGAAGAGAUGUCCUGUGAUCCAAUGUGUGAGAACAAUGCUGUUUGUGUUCUUGGAUACUGCCGGUGUCCAGUAGGAUUUACAGGAAGUACUUGCAACGAAGAUAUCAAUGAAUGUGAAAUCAACCCUACUAUCUGCAAACAUGAUUGCUUCAACACCAUUGGGAGUUUCUACUGUUCAUGUGCUCCGGGCUAUCGGCUUACUGCAGACAGGAAAUGCGUAGACAUUGAUGAAUGUGAAGGAGAACACAACUGUGAGCAGCGUUGCCUGAACAUCAUUGGAUCAUACCUUUGUGCUUGCUACGAGGGCUCCAUCUUGGAGGCUGAUGGCAAUACGUGUGUGGGACCUUCAGGUUGUGUGUAUGAGAACCAUCUGUAUCCAUCGGGUACCACCUGGACAGUGGAUGGGUGUACCGAGUGCUCCUGUGAUCUGGGUGUCACCACCUGUACCGACUGCCCGACACCGAAAUUCCAGCAGUGCACUUACCAAGGCAUCGAAUACGACCACUCCACCAACUGGACAUCACCGUUUGACCCGUGUGACCACUGCAACUGUACUGACGGUCAAGUGAAAUGUAUGAGGGAGAUCUGUGAUAUACAGUGUGAUUAUCCUGCUCCUCAUCAAACAGAAUGCUGUCAUGAAUGCACAGAUUGUUUGUAUGAAGGCAAUGUUAUCAGGAAUCAUCUUUAUUUCUCUCCUAUGAGUCAACAAUGCACAACUUGUAUUUGCCAGGAUGGUAAUGUCCGAUGCAGUAAUGUUAGCUGUCCUGAGAUAGAUUGUUCCAGGCCUGUGCAGGGUGAAUGCUGUCUAACAUGUGAAGACAAUUGUGAGUUCCAGGGUUCCGAGUACCAAGAUGGAGAGACGUUUACAGCAGAAUCCUUGGACUGCAGUGUCUGUACAUGCAAGAAAGGUGUCGUUGAAUGCCGUCCGUUUGACUGCCCAGCUCUGAACUGCUCUCGUAACGAGAGAGUCCAGCUUCCCGGAGACUGCUGUCCCAAGUGCAUCAGUGCUGUACCUGGCUGUGUUGAUAAGUACGGUCUACUACAUCAGUAUGAGACAACAUGGACCGAUCCUAGGGAUAACUGUCUCACCUGCACAUGUUUGAAUACUGGAGAGGUACAAUGUGCAAGGGAGCAGUGUGAGUUUAACUGUAACAAUCCAGUGCAUGUUAGAGGCCAAUGCUGUCCAGAUUGCAACGGUUGCUAUUACAAUGGUAUUGGUUUCUCAUAUGGUGCUACAUUCAAAUCUGCAUUUGAUAAAUGCGACUCUUGCAUCUGUCUUGGUGGGGAUGUCAUCUGUGAGCCUACCAGCUGUAACGUCCAGUGCAGCGCCCCCUACCAUCCACCUGGAGAAUGCUGCCCUCUAUGUGAAGAUUGCUAUUUCCUGGGUCAAAUCAUCCCUGAUGGUGAAUACUUCAACCCUGCCCUCGAUUCCUGCAAGACUUGUCACUGUGAUAAAGGAUCAGUUCAAUGCACUGAGAGGGAGCAAUGUCCAAUGCUGAACUGUCCAGUGACAACCACAGUAGCUGGAGAAUGCUGCCCAUCUUGUGCUGAUGCCUUCUGUCGUGGUGAUGAUGGAAGUGAACAUAGGAGUGGUGACACCUGGAUCUCAUCUUCUGAUCCUUGCCAAGAGUGUACCUGCUUGGACACCAUCAUCAAUUGCGUCCCUGUCCCGUGUCUGGAAUCCUCUAGCUGUACCCAUGGUGUCCAGAUAGAAGGUGUGUGCUGUCCAGACUGCACGGUGUGCGAGUUCGAAGGAAACCUCUACAGGAACGGCUCCAGUUUCACUCCCAGUGACGCCAACUGCAGGAAAUGCCAGUGUAUCAAUGGGAAUGUAAUGUGCGAGGACGAGACCUGUCCUCCCAUAUACUGCAUGGAGACCGUCCAAGCGUUUGGGCAAUGCUGCCCUCAAUGUGCCGUCUGCACCGCCCAGGAUGGAACCAUAUACAGCCACGGCCAAACUUGGCAGGACGGGGAAGACCCAUGCACAACAUGCAGAUGUAUUAAUACAGAGAUAGAGUGCAACACACCAAUCUGUCCCAUCCGCAACUGCAUUGAUCCUCAGUUUGAUUUUGGAGAAUGCUGUGCAUCUUGUGAAGGAUGUUCAUUUGAGAACACGAAUUACACCAAUGGUCAGACCUUCAGUCCAGCCACUCAGGAUUGCAUGGAAUGCGUGUGUCAGGACGAUCGUCUCAACUGCCAGCCCAUCACUUGCCCGAUCCCUGAUUGUCCAGCGGAGUCUGUUGUCUACAGAGAUGGGGCAUGUUGCCCUGACUGUGUUGAUCCUGAGGUAUCAAGGAUGACCUGUCAGAUUGAUGAUGUCAUCUUGGAGAGUGGAUCCUCACAUCAACCUGAUGAAUGUUCAACGUGCCUGUGUAUGGCUGGUGAGUUACUAUGCGAAGCGCCGGAGUGUGUAGACAUCGGCUGCCCUCAGGUCAGGCAGGUACGGGCACCAGGAUCCUGCUGUCCAGAAUGCAAGCUAGAUGCCUGUGUGUUUGACGGAAGGCUGGUUCUAAACAAUGAGAUCUUCAUCCCCAUGGGGGAUAGCUGCACUAACUGUACCUGUUCAGAUGGUGCUGUUACGUGUCGUUCUGUGUCCCUGUCCUGUCCGAGCCUUAAUUGUCCUCCUGAAGAUCAGGUCAAAGAAGAAGGUGAUUGCUGUAAACACUGUGCUGGUGCUCUUCAAUUAAACAACCUGCCGUGUACAUUCCAGGGUGAGACCAUUCCAGCAGGGGGGAGUUUUAUGAUAGGAUGUCAGGAGUGUAGAUGUGAGGGUGGAAACCCACGUUGUUCAAGACGCGAAUGCCCAGUCCUGAACUGCCUUGGGGGAGAGGAAAUACAGAUGGCACCCGAUGGAUGCUGUGAAGAAUGUGUGCCAAAGAUGGGAUCUUGUAUAGUGUUUGGAGAUCCUCAUUACAGGACUUUUGAUAAGAGAUUCCAUGACUUCCAAGGAACUUGUACCUACACACUCAGUAAAGACUGCACCACUAACCAAUUUGAGAUCAUAGUACAGAACAACGGAAAGGAAACAUACGCUGUAUCCUGGACGGAACUUGUCUCUUUUAAGGUCCAUAACGUGACCAUCGAUCUCUUACCAAACUUUGCCGUCAGACUGAACAAAGAAGAAAUCACUCUACCUUAUCUCAAUGAACCAGAAUUCAGUAUACAAAAAAUAGGUCUGAUGAUAGUAGUCCAUACUAACAUUGGUAUAUCGCUGUCGUGGGAUGGCGCCCAUUUCGCUGAGGUUGUAGCCGAUGGCAUCUGGGAAGGCCAGCUGUGUGGAUUGUGUGGUGAUUACAAUGGUAAUCCUGAUGACGACUUCAGAGCUUCAAAUGGUACACUCUGUGGGACUGCUUCAGAAUUUGGAAACACAUUUUUAGUUGGUGAUUAUGCGGAAUGUUCAUGCCAGGAGAGUAUCGAACAGACGCCUUGUCUAAGGAAUGACAACGCCGAUAUGGAAUUCAUGGCAAGGGACAGAUGCAGUAUACUCAAGGAAGAGCCAUUCGCUGCUGCCCAUGCCUUAGUCCCACCCCUGCCUUUCUUUGAUGCUUGUAUGUACGACCUCUGUGCCUGUCCUGCCCAUGAGAGAUGUCUUUGUGAUGUAUUAACAGCGUAUUCGCACGAAGCCAGAAAGAAAGGCAUCAUGAUAGACUGGCAAAGAGACAACUAUUGUGCAAUUUCGUGUCCAGAGGGUGCAGUGUACAACGAGUGCACAUCACCCUGCGUACAAACUUGUGAUACAGUCAACACGAUAGAAGAUUCUUUAGAAUGUAAUCAACUUGAAAAUUGCAUACCGGGAUGUAGAUGCCCGGCAGGAAUGGUACUACACGAUUUCAGAUGUAUAAUGCCUGAAGACUGCCCUCUAUAGUUUGAAUAUGAACAUGAAAAGACUGUCUUGGGGGAGACUUACUGAGCUCCCUCCAUUAUCCGAUGUGGAUUCAUUCUAAAGAGAUCUACUCCGGUAAAAGGACUUUGAUAUAUUUUUUCUGCAGAGGGACAAAAGUUUAUGUCGUACAGACUCGGAUUUCAAUCUUUUGAUAAGCUUUGAUAUUAUGUGUGCUAAUAGGAUACAUACAUGAUAUGCAAACUGUUUAAUUUGGACUUGGGAAUGGGGGUAGUUUUGUAUAUGAAUUUGACUCCUGGGGACCGGUUCAUGAAAAUAUCAAGCAAUGAAAUGUUGUCUUCCUCUGACAGUUACUAUAGAAACAGUCAGAGGCUAGUGCUUCUCAGCCAAUCAAAAGCAAGGAUUUCACGGAUAUUGUCUCAGCACUGACAAUUUAGUUCGAUAGUGCCUACUACUUUCAUGGAAUGCCCCCUGAGCACUGUUAUUCAUUACCGCCAUAACUUGGGGUCUUCCAUCAAAGAACAAAAAAGCUAUCAAUGGAUUAUGCAAUGAAACAGGUGCGGUGCUAUGUCAGGGCAUGCUUGUCGUUUGUUAUGCAUAUUCAGAGCUCCCAGUUAGAUACAAAUCAAGAUACAGCAUCGAAACAGAAUGUAGCUUAAACACUGUUUUCAAAAGGCUGAAGUUGUGUUCAUUUGAAGAAAAAAAACCUAUCAUGGAACAUUAUCAAUCAGCAAUUGAAUUCAGCCUUUAAUCAAUGUUACUGAAUUUUAAUUUUCAUGGGGAAUAAAUACCCUGGUAGUAUUUGCCUUGUUCCAAAUUUGUGACUUAAAAUGCACAAUGAUAGUGCCAUAAUGAGCAAAUCAAUCGGAAAUUUUUGGAGUGGUCUUCCGAAAAAUCCGAAAAUAAAAACAACUCUUAUUUCAGUAUUCAACUAAUAAGCUGUUGUAUGUUGUUUGAAAAGUAGAAUUGAAUGAAUUUACUUGAUAUUUUACUAUAUGAACCAAACCAAUCUUAUGACAAUAAACAUUAUAUUUAUUUCAUUUUAUGUAACCUGAUAUGUGCAUCCUUGAAAAUAAACUUUUAUUGAACCAAUGAAUUAUCUCUUUAUACAUAUGUUCUGCUGACUCUAUUAAUUUAGGUAAUUGUUAUUUGUGAUUAGGUUUGAUAUAAUUUAAUGAUAGCACUACCUCUGUUUUAACUAUAUCCAUGUAUUUUAUAAGUUUAAUGAUCAUUUUCUUUAGGUUUUUUUAAUGCUUGUAUAUGCAUCAUUAAGUAGCAGGAAGAGUAGAUUUGCUAAUAUUGAGAAUUAUUUUUAAUAUUCUUUGUGGGAGUUUUUUUAAUGUCAACUUGUGAUGAAUUCUGUUCAAUUUUUUUAUGGUGUUUGCCAGAUCCUACGUCGUUUUGUGUAUGCAGGAAUUAACAUACACUGGAUUGGAUCCUUAAAGUGGUAGCGAAACAUGGCACAAACAUUUUUUAGGUAUCUACACUCAAUCCAACGAAUUGUAAAUUAUUUUUUUUCUGAAAACUUAACUUUUUCAAGAGAGUUUUCAAUAAAUCAGACCCUUCCAUUGUAUUGCAUUUUAGAAAGAUAUUUGGCUUCCAUUUUGUUUUGACCUACUCAUGUUUGUCUAUUAUAUUUUCACCUUUUUUGUAGUGUGCAUUUUAGGAUAUCCAUGUAGAAAUUGCACAAUAUGAAUUCACAAUUAUUAUUAUUUAUUUCUGUCACCUUUUAUCAGGUACUAAUUAUCAAUUCUACCAAAAUGCAAAUUCAAACUAAAAGUUGAGCAGAAUAGAUAACUUUUUAGCUUAAUGUAAAGUUGUGUUUGAUUGCAUUGUACAGUGUAUAUAUUUUAUAUGUACCCCUUAAUGUCUUUAUUUCUUUACUGAAAUCAUUGUUUAGCAUGCUUUCAAGAAUCAAAUCUGGUGCAUAUUAGAGAGGAAAAAACAUUUGAAAGCCUGUUUAGUAAACAUAUACCAUUAUAUCUUCUUAUUCUUUAUGAAAACCAUUUCAAUUGGAAAUAUAUGCUGCUUUUAUGGUGCUACAACCCUCAUAUUGAUGUAUCCAAAGGAAUACAUAUUUAAGGUAACUUAUUUUAUUUCCUCAUUAUUUUGUAUUAACUCUGCAGGGUAUUUUUCCUUUUUAUUUGAAAAAAGGGAAUUUUUAACAGAAGAGUAAUUGAUUUCUGAUUUUUGUAAUGGAUUGAUGAUGUUUAUACUACAUUUCAUAUCCGGUAUUAUGUCAUGCUUUUGAUAUUCUCAAAUCAAACCAACUCUUGCCUUGUCUUUUAAAAUGAUUGAUUUUUUUUUUAAUGGAAAUAAAUAAUAUUGAGUAUGUAUGAUAUUAUGUA